AUGAUAAACGCUGUGUCUAUAACAACCAUGUUAGCUAAUCAUGUUGCAAAAAAAGAUUCUUACCGUCCUUCAGGAAAUCUUCGUGAGCAGCAGCUUGCUGAUCAUUUAUAUCAAAUACUCGACAACGUUAUAACCAGUUCAUCAUACGAAGUAGAAGAUGAGAACACUCUCGACUACGACGAUUUAUUUGAUGAUGCACACGAGGACGAACAGUGUGAUGUCGAAGCAGACGAAGAAAAUGGUCCCUCUUUCUGCGCUGUAGAAGAUGAAGAUGAGCUUGGAGACGACGCUUUACUUCAAAAGUUUUCCCUUGAAUACAUGACAAACGUCAUUGACUUCUACAACGAGAUCGACACAACUACUGGAAAACGAAAACAUACAUGGAAAAGUGUACAACAUCGAU